AUUGUUCUCAUUCUGCGCCCGUCUCGCGGCGACGACGGACGCGUCUCUGCUUCUUUCCUUAACACCGACGGCACUCCGGCUUUUAUCUUAUUAUCAUGUCUAUAUCUUCCAUCCCGGAGCGCACGCGUUCUCCUGUGAAGAGCAGGGACUCGCCGACACGGCCGUCGUCGCGCACGUCCAUACGCUCAGGACGCGGAAGUCCCUCGACAGCCUUGUCUUUUGAUGAUCCAAUUUCCAUCCGGAAUCAGGUCUCGACACUCAAGCACUCCAUACGACACCAAACGGCGCAGCUCCACAACCUAGAGAACAUGCUACAGUCGCAGCCCCGCAUACCAUCCUUAUCCCUCGGCGACGAUCACUCCCCCACGUCGCCAGUGACGCCCAAGCUCAAUAAGCGGUCAAGUUACGACGUCCUGCAAGGCAUCGCGGGCCCGGACUCCAGCUUGCCGCUGCCGCGGCGUCUCGACGAUAACAGCAUACAAGAGGGUAUCCCCACCACUUCGUCGAAUAACCGACGGACGUCCAGCCCGACGCGCACCCUCAGUCGCAUACCCGUUUCAUCUGUGGGCAAUGCCCGUGCUCUAACGGAUGACGGCAUCGCAGUGCCUCCGAGGUCGCCGAACACGGCGUCCUCCUCCAAGCCACUCCCUGACGGGGAUGCGCAGUCAUCAUCCACUUCACACCUCCCACCUCCGAGUCCGAGCCGGAGGAUAUCCAUGACUCCCGGUGGGACGACAAAGGUGCUCGCUGAUUUGCAGACCGGUGUUAUCAACGCCCGGAAUGCACUGGAGAACACGAAGGCCCAGCUACGAUUGUCACAGCGGAGUGUGGCUCAACUGACACGCCAAGUCGAAGACCUCAGGGAGGGUCGGGAACGGCUACGACUAGAAAAUGAGGGCCUCAACAACGUAGUCGCUCGGAAGGAGCGCUUGCUACAAGAGGUCCUGGAGCGCGCUCGGAAGGCAGAAGCCGAGGUCACCACGCUCAAAGCACAGCUCAAGACGGAGACGACGACCAACAAGAAGGCCGUGCGCGAGAUGGAAACAGCCCUCGCCGAGUCGACCGCCUUGUCCUCAAAAUCCGAACGCGAGUACAUCACACUACGGGACAGCAUCAAGAGCAUGACCGAGUCGUGGAAAACGGACACGGACCGCCUACGCGAAGAGAUCAAGCGUCGCGAGGAGAAGUGGAAGGUCGAGGAGCAGAGUAUGGGCAAGAAGUACCGCCUCUUGGUUGAAGAGGUUCAGGCCGCGGAGACCGCGCGGUUGCAGUCGGUCGACCUUCGCGAAGAGAACACGCGCAUCGGCAAGGAGCUCGAGGAAGCAUGGGCGGAGGAAAUCAGUGCAAUGCGUACUGCCAUGGAGAAGAGCAACAAAGACAGCGAAGAGGCGAAUGCAACAGCGAAGUGCCUGGCCGCCGAACUUGCACGUUUGCGUCGUCUCAUGCGGACCGCUGGUCGAGCAGAAUCAGAAGCGACACCAUCAUGA